AUGGCGCAUUAUGACCGACUUCGAGAGGAGGAGCAAGAGCUCUGCGAGGCACAAACCUAUCCGGAGAAAAUCUGCGAAGCUUCGGAUGUCGUCUUCUCAAUCAGUCGAGCUCAGCAUGAUGGUUCUGAUAUCCAGCCAUUACAUAACUUCUUUGAUCGAAAGUAUAUGCCUGUUUAUCUGUAUGUGUUUGGCAAGUUCUCGUCCCGAUGGCUGUUCCACAUCACAGCUUCCUUGUUGUGCCACGCUCCCCAUGUGGUACGAGAGGUCGUCAAUCCGACAAAAAACCGAAAAGUUAUUCGAAGUUGCACUCGUCAUCAGAUUGAUCCCGUCCAAUUCACUCGAGCCUUGAUUGAUUGGGUCUCGGCUGGUGACAGGUCGGGUAAGACAGACAACUUCUGGCAUUUCCUAUCUACCGGUUAUGGCUCCAUUUCUCGCAUGCUCUACCCACUCUUACCUCCAGUUUAUGGCAUGGUAUACAUGUAUGCUGCGCUGCGGACCCGCACUAUCAAAAAGAUCGGAAGAGAUGCCGAGGAUAAUGGAAAGACGGCGAUCGUCGCAGGGCACUUUAUUUUCCGGUCUGAAGGCAAGGAAAAGGACGUUGUUUGCAACGAGGCUGAUUUGGAUACUUACACUCACAUCCUCUACUUGGAUGUCCAACCUGAAGUUAUUGCGCAACGACGACUCGAAGAUCAGACUCGCAAUAGAGCCAAUGACUCCGUGAAAAAUUUACAAGAAUAG